AUGUCAGAUUCAAAAGAUGGAACCAUUGUUACUGGUAUCGAUGAGAAAUUUGUUGAAGAUAAAGAAUUUGAAAAGAAAUUAGUACGAAGGAUGGACUUUAGAAUUAUGCCUUUAUUAAUUUUGUUAUAUUUCUUAAGUUUCUUGGACAGAGGAUAUAUUAUAUUUGAAGUUCCUUCGAAUAUAGCACUUAUCAAGACAAGUGCAUUUUUGUGGAUUUCUUUUAUAAUGUUUUCGUGGGGAGUUAUAGUAACUCUCAUGGCAUUUGGAUUAAUAUCGGCAAGAUUUUUUUUGGGAGCCUGUGAGGCGGGCUUAUCUCCAGGCGCAGUUUAUUAUUUAGCUACGUGGUACAAACGAUCAGAACAAAAUGCCCGUAUAGCUUAUUUAUCUAUUGGAAAUAGCUUUGCUGGUUCCUUUAGCGGUUUAUUAGCAUUUUCUCUUAUACAAUUAGAAGGAAAACUUAACCUAGAAGGAUGGCAGUGGUUAUUUUUAGUUGAAGGAUUAAUAACGGUUGUUGUCGCUAUAUGUGCUUAUUUCUUUAUUUCUGAUUGCCCUGAAAAAUCCAGAUGGCUUACUGAUAAAGAGCGUAAAUAUGCUACUGAACGAUUAAAACAUGAUAUAGGAAAAGCUCAUAUAUUACAUUAUGAUAGAGCGCACAUUUACGCCGCAUUCACAGAUUAUAAAGUUUAUUUGGCUAUGAUACAACUAUUUGUAGCUUCGAUAUCAGUUUCUUCUUACCAAUUAUUUCUUCCAUCAAUAGUACAUGGAAUGGGAUUUAGUUACG